AUGAAUAAUCAAAGCUAAAAUAAUAGUGCUAGUUAUAUUUCAUCUCCAAAGUGUCCUUGGUCAAAGAAGAAAUAAUAAGAUAUUGGAGAUGAAUUUGAACCAGAAGAUAAACAAAUGUUAGAUGAAACCAAUUCAAAAUUUUUAAGUAGAUUAUCUAUUGAGGAUGCUCCUAUAAAACUAUUGUAUAGAUUAAAUUUAUAUCAGUCCCUCUUUAAACUCUAUUCAUGAGGAAGAACAAUAACAAAAGGUUUAAAAUGAAAUUCUAAGUCCUUCUAAAUUAAUAGUAACCAAUAAUGAACUUAAGAGUGUUCCCUCUUUUGAAAUUAAGCCUGAACAAAUGUCAAUACAAGAGGAACCAAUAGUAAAUUCUAGAACAAGAAGGAAAACAAGCAAAGCUAAUUAUAAUGUACAUGUUUCCAUUUAUUCUCAAGGUUGAUGACUCUCCUAUUAUUGAUUCAGAAAUCAAACCUUGUCAUUGUUCUAAAACUAAUUGUUUACAACUCUAUUGUUCUUGUUUUCAUAAUCGAAGAUAAUGCACUUAAGAAUGCAGAUGUUUUGAUUGUUAUAAUGAUGGAGAACAUUAAGAUGAAGUUCUUAAAGCAGUUGAAUAGAUUAAAAUUAAAGAAUAAAGGGCAUCACAUCAUGAUCUUGAUUCUUUUGACACUAAAUAAUUUUGGGGAUGUAAAUGUAAAAAAACUAAAUGUCUCAAAGGAUAUUGUGAAUGUUUUGUUAGAAACAAAAAAUGUAAUUCACAUUGUCAAUGUUCUGAUUGCCAAAAUAAAAAAUAAAAAUUAUUAUUGAACAAGAAAAUUAAAAAAUUGUGA